AUGUCAUCCGUUACCUCUUCACUAUGGCGGCCGCUAUUGCUGCUACUAUCAGUUAUCUUUAAAUCGAAAAGUGCACAGCAACUUUCUUUCGAAACACAUGCUGAAAGUCAAAGAGACACCGAAGCAAUUAUUUACCCACGGCUAAAGUCUUGGGAUAGAGAUAGUGAUACAACGAAACAGAACGCGGAAGCAUUCGAAUUUGCGAAUGAAGCGGAGAAGAAAUCCCGGGGGAAUUCAGUAAUAAGUCCAUUGCGAUCAAUAUUUGAUUCUCUGAGAUCAGCGAAGAAGGAUUUGCAGCCGCUCGGUCUCAUUGCAACCAUCAGUGCGACUGUUUCACCAAAAAAUUUUGUGCUAACAAGCCCUGCACUUUUUUCAAAACCUACAACACCCCAGAGCAUAAUCCUUAUCAAUUCUUCAACCAAAAAUGGAACUCUUAUCCAACAAGCAAAGUCGCAAAUAGCAGUGCCAUCAAUAUUGACAUUGUUAGAAUCGUUUGGUCAUAGUCAAGAACAUCGUGAGGAAGUCGAAGUUGAUCAUGAUCGGACGGUGAACGUACUUGGCAUGCCCAUUGGCCGAAAGGAUGGUAUUUCAUUGGCUCCGUUGAGAGGUCUUAGUAUCGGUAAUGAAGGUAUGUUCGGUCCAAUUGCUAUCAACAAUAAAUACAAUAUCAACUGGGGAUUUUUCAACGAUUUCAACAAAGUAUUUCAUAAUGUUGCAUAA